CAAACUGGGUUGCAAUUAAUGAAAUAAUGAAGACAACUCAACAAAACUGUGAAAUCCAACCGUCCCUUAAUGCAUCAUUGAAGUUCCUUUCCGGUUUGAGGAAGACGCUUUUUGCAUCUGUCGCGUGGGAAGGAAAGACCGAAUAUUUUGAAACUAAAGCCAGAAUUAGACCCAAAUAGCAUGUAAAAAUGAACAUUUUACAAUUGUGCGCGCUUUUUGCGACACUAAUAACCAUAAACGGUGAGAAACACUCCCUGACCUACAUCUACACGGCCUUCUCCAAACCUGUGAAGCUCCCAGGCAUCCAUGAAUUCACUGCUAUGGGUCUGCUGGACAACAGAAUGAUCGACUACUAUGACAGCACUGUGCAAAAGAAAAUUCCCAAACAAAAGUGGAUGGAGGAGCAACUCCAGCAGGAAUACUGGGAUAAAGGAACUCAGUCCCGGCAGAGCAAGCAGCAGUGGUUCAAGGUUAACAUCGACAUCCUGAUCAACCGAAUGAGACAAACUACUAAUGAAACUCACGUUCUUCAGUGGAUGCAUGGCUGUACCGCCAAGGAGGACGAAAACGGCAACCUCACCUUUGUGCGUGGCGUGGACAAGUACAAUUAUGACGGAGAUGAUUUCUUGAGUUUUGAUGAUGGGCAUCAAGUUUGGGUGGCUGCAGCUGAUGAGGCAGUCCUCACCAAGAGGAAGUGGGAUGAUGUCACAGCUCUGAAAGACUACACCAAGGGUUACCUGGAGAAGGAGUGCAUGGAAUGGAUGA